UUCCGUGUUUGAUUGGAAAAUUAAACUGACCACUUCAGCUGAACCUUCCCCCACAGUUUCUUCUCAAAAGGGCUGCACACUGAAAAACGGUGGAAAUAAAAAAAUUAUUGCCCACAAACAUGGGUCAGUACUGCUGCCCUGCCAAUGUAUUGACCCACACAGCUCACCAGACAGACUCACCUGGGAGAAAUUUAUGCCACCCCCAUACAGAUGGAAAAUGAUAUCCAGUGAGAGUGGUCAGUACAGAAACAGAGUUCAGCUGUUUAAUGAUCACUCUCCAGGAAAUCUCUCUCUACUAAUAUCACACCUGACUGAAGAGGAUACAGGAUUUUACAGGUGUAAUGUUAAACAAAGAGAAAAGUCCUUUAUCCUACUCACUGUUGAAGAAGCUCCAGCAACAAAACUUACUCCAACACUUUCUAGGAACAUUCAAACUUCAGUCGAACCUACUGCCACAAUUUCUUCUCAGACCGGCUGCACAUUGGAAGAAAGUCAUCAAACAAAACAGAUUACUGCAUACACGCAAGAGUCAGUACUGCUGCCCUGCUACUGCACUGACCCACGGACCACACCCGAGAGACUCAUUUGGAAGAAACUCAACCCAAACACACGUGAAUGGGAAGAUAUAUCCAGUGGGAGUGGUCAGUACAGAAGCAGAGUUCAGCUGGUUAAUGGUCACUCUCCAGGAAAUCUCUCUCUACUCAUAUCACACCUGAUUGAAGAGGAUGGAGGAGAUUACAGGUGUGAUGUUAAACAGAAUGAAUACAUCCUCAUCAGACUCACUGUAAAAGCACCAUCACAACUCAUCAUGGACACUAUCAAAAUCGAGGCUCCAUCACCUAAACCUACUCCAGCACUUGAUGAGAACAUUCAUUUGAAAACCUCAGCUAAACGUUUAACCACAAUUUCUUCUCAGAAAGAGGCUCCAGCACCAAAGAAUAUUCGAGUGCCUGAUGGGAAAAUCAAUCUGAAAACUUCAGCUGAACCUUCCACCACAACUUCUUCUCAGAAAGAAACUUCCAUGUUUGAUUGGAAAAUUAAACUGACCACUUCAGCUGAACCUUCCACCACAGUUUCUUCUCAAAAGGAAGCUCCAGCAACAAAACUUACUCCAACACUUUCUAGGAACAUUCAAACUUCAGUCGAACCUACUGCCACAAUUUCUUCUCAGACCGGCUGCACAUUGGAAGACAGUCGUCAAACAAAACAGAUUACUGCAUACACGCAAGAGUCAGUACUGCUGCCCUGCUACUGCACUGACCCACGGACCACACCCGAGAGACUCAUUUGGAAGAAACUCAACCCAAACACACGUGAAUGGGAAGAUAUAUCCAGUGGGAGUGGUCAGUACAGAAGCAGAGUUCAGCUGGUUAAUGGUCACUCUCCAGGAAAUCUCUCUCUCCUCAUAUCACACCUGAUUGAAGAGGAUGGAGGAGAUUACAGGUGUGAUGUUAAACAGAAUGAAUACAUUCUCAUCAGACUCACUGUAAAAGGAAAUUCACCCCUGACCAAUGCUCGUGCUGAACCUCCACAGUCUCUGCCCUUUGUUCCCUUUGGCUUGGUGACUGUGAUCAUUCUCCACAUUAUAGUUGCUGUGGUUUAUCACACCAAGAGAAACAAAGUGCUAGAAACUGCCAGGAUUUACUACAACAGUGCUGAUGAAGCAGUGAGCCUGUAGCAGAGAAGAAAACCCACAGACAUCAACAGACCAGCUACUGGCAACACAUCUGAACUAGUGACCAGCUACAGGCCGGCAAUUGACUUCUACACUUGAUCAUCAGACUCAGCAGCUGAUCUACAAAUUUUAGAUAGACCAUUUACAUUUUUACAUUUACAGCAUUUAGCAGAUGCUCUUAUCCAGAGCGACUUACAAGAAGUGCUUUGUCAAUCUAGAGAAAGUAUCUUUGACCAGUGAUUGACCAUAAUAUUUGGAAAAGUACACCAGCUUCACAGCUGCAAAUGUGGCAAGCAAACCAGCUACUGACCAACACACUUGAUUAAGAGAGCUGAACUUUUGGCAAAACCUA